AUGUCUGACUCAUUCAACGUCUCGAAAGCCGCUACGGACGGAUCUUCGGGAGACUUCCGGCCACAAGAGGACCCUAAUCGGGUGACAAACUUCGAGGUCGCUUCUAAGAAUCCCAGUCUUCCAUGUUUCGCCAUGGGGACUCAUAAGAGGAAACCGGAUUUUGUAGGAAGAGAAGACGUUUUACACCAGAUGGACCUAGCCCUACUACCGAGACGCUCAAGCUGUAGUAUAGAUGCCGGGCUAGGUCAACCGUUGAUUCGAGCAUUUGCUCUAUGUGGCAUGGGCGGUAUUGGCAAGACCCAGACCGCCGUGGAGUAUGCUUACUCCAGGAAGUCCAAAUUCGACGCCAUUCUAUGGGUAGCAGCUGAUGACAAAACCAUGAUGGCCGAGGUGUAUGACCUGGCAAUCAGGUCCCUAUCCAAUGUUUGGCCAUUUUCAGUUUUGGAGACUCGCUUUUUCACAGGUCGCUAUAAGGAGUAUGCAUCUUUGUUUCCAUGUGUUGUUCGUUCGAAAAACGCUUAUAACUCUGUUGCUACACUCCAAACAUUAGAGCAGAAGGUAGCUAGUGCAACCCUCUUCAACGAAGCAGGAUGGUAUUGGUUCAAAAGGGGUUUCCAAGAGGAGUCAAUGGAAUGGUUCGAGUUGGUUGAGAACAUCUGCAAUGACUUUGAAGAUAAAUCACGUCAGGAUAUCGCUUACCUGUUCCGUGAGACCCAUCAUAACCAAGGCACAGCUGCUGGCGAAACAAAUGACACUGCGAGGUUCUUGAAGCAUGCGCAUAUUUGGUUAGACUUGGCUCUAGAACGAAGAACGGACGAUGGAAAACAGGUCGUCGACUACGAAUUAUGCAUGGCUUACAACGAGACAGGGGUAGCCCAUGCCAUGAAUGGCGAGUAUGAGGUUGCCAUCACGUACUUUAUCAAAGCUAUCGAAUCUUUCCAGUCUCUUCCGAACUACCAAGAUACCAUGCUGGGUUGGGCGCAAUCCAAUAUUGGAUUCAUGCACUGGAUGUUGGGAAACUAUGAUGAUGCAGAGCGGGUGCUGCUGGAGAUUCUCGAUAUCUACAAAACGGCAUUCGGAUACAAUGAUACCAACUCUUUCAAGACCGGUAAAACUCUUUACGCGUUAGGUAACCUUUAUGUCAGCAAAGGAGAUUUGUAG